AUGUUUUUAAUGAAUAAAGAAUUAAUUAAUUUAAUAAUUAAUGGAAAAUUAAUAGAAAAAAAAAAUAUAAAUAAAAACAUAAUUAAAAAUAAUUUAGAAAAGAUUAUAUUUAAUUUUGAUACAUAUAAAAAAUUAAAAAAUGAAAAUGAGUUAUUAAAAAACAUUUUUCUUUACACAAAAAUUAUAAAUAUUAACAACUUUCAUCUACAAUAUUUAUAUGAGAAGGUAGUAAAUCCUUUAUUAAAAGAAAACUUGAAUAUAUCUCUUUUACCAAAUAUUAUACAUACAUAUAAAAAAAAUGAAAAUUUUGAUUAUAUAUUAAAAGAAAUAAAUGAUUGCAUUAUUGAAAGAAUACAAAAGGGGGAAUUUUUUAUAAAUGAUUUAAAUAAGUGGGUUAGUAUUUUGCAAGUAUUUUCUAAACAUAAAAAUAUUAAUUUUAUUCCUCUUCUACGAUAUCUUUUGACGAUUGAAAAUUUAAAAGAGAAUAGAAAAGUUAAUAAUGAUCAUAAAAAUAAAAUAGAAAAGAAAGAAAUUAAUAUUAUAUAUACUAAUCAAUGCUAUGAAUAUAAUAAAUAUAAAAGUUUUAUUUUAUUAAAUGAUGUGGAUUAUAAAAUAUUGGAAUCUUUAUCUCCUAGAUCUUUAAGUAUAUUAGUUAAUAUAUUAUCAAAAAUAAAAAUAAAAAAUAUAAAUAAUUUGAAUUUUUUUCUUUAUGAAAAAAUAAACAAAAGCUUAAAUGAAUUUAAUAAUAUUGAUUUAUGUUUAAUUAUAAAUUCCUUUCAUAAGAUUAAAUAUACAAAUAUAAGUUUUUAUAAUAGUAUAGAAGAAGAAAUUUUUAAAAGAUUAUUAUUUUUUGAUUUUUUUCAAUUAUCAAUUAUUUUUCAUAGUUUAUCAAAAUAUUGGAGUGAAGAGAAGAAAAAAUGUAUUUCCAUAUUAUUUAUGAAAAAAGUAAAGAAAUAUUUACAUUUAUAUUUAACACAUAACGAUGAAAAAUAUAUUUUACAAACUAAAAACAAAAAUUCAUUAAUUGAAGUAAUUCCUAUGUUCUUUUUAUCAUAUGUCAAAACAAGUUAUUCUAUAUUCCCAUACUAUUUUAGUUAUAGUAAAUUGCUUAUGUGCCAAUUUAUGUUUUUAAAUAAAUAUGUACUCGUUUUAAAAAAAAAUUGUUUUUUUAAAAAAUAUAUUAAUAACCAUAAUUUAAUUAAUUUAAAAAAUAUCAAUCAGACUAUAUGCAAUUUACUUUAUGCAUUUAUUGGAUAUUUUUACAAUAUUUUAACAUCAUAUGAUAAUAGGGAAAAAUUAUUUAUUAAUCAUCUUUUUUUAACUUUAAAUAAUAUAUAUCAAUUGCUUUAUUUUUUUAUAUUCUUUUAUCGUAACAAAGAAUUAUUAACAAAAUAUCAGCCCUUUAUAAUUCCUUUGCAUAAAUCACAGCUAUUAAUUUUUUUUUAUACUUAUUGGUAUUUUGUAUUAGAUUUAUAUUUUUAUUUGGAUAGUUACAAUAAUGAUAAAUUAUAUUAUGAGUCAACUGUUAAUAAAAGUGAUGCAACAAUUCAAGAGAACAAAUUUGAUUGUUUUUAUUUUAUUAAAUUAAGAUAUAUUAAAAAAAUAAAAUUUAUUCUUAAUAUUUUGGAUAAAGUUGAUUUAAAUCCUUUAAUGAAGGAAUCAUUAUAUGCAAACAAUAAAUAUGUAAGUUUAAUAUAUUUAAAUAUACUUCACACACUAAACAAUUUAAAGAAUUUUUCAAAUACUUCAUUCACUUUUAAUAGAAAAAUAAUAGAACCAUUUACAAUUUCUCUAUUAUGCAAAACAAGGCUACAAAAAUAA